AUGAGGCUCUUAAUGUCCAAUUAUGACAAUUCAGUGCGUCCAGCCAAAUCCCCACAAUCUCCCUUGGAUGUAUCCUUCAACAUGGCUCUGACGCAAAUCAUUGAUGUGGUGUGGCUGGAUGCUGGGCUGGUAUGGAACCCUUCAGACUACAGCAACAUCACAGUGAUCAGGAUCCCCUCAGGGAGGGUCUGGAAGCCAGAUAUUUUAUUGUACAACAAUGCUGACAGCCAAUACAGCAGUGCAGUGUUGAGUACAAAUGUCAUAGUGACAUCUGAUGGACAAGUAACUUACUUGUCCAGUGCUAUCUUCAAGUCAUCCUGUCAGAUCAAUGUGGAGUUUUUUCCUUUUGAUGAGCAAGUGUGUGUCAUGAAGUUUGCUUCCUGGACUUAUGGCGGUUAUCAGGUGAAUUUGACAACUGAUGCCUCUGAGGGCGAUUUGUCCAAUUAUGUAACCAAUGGUGAAUGGGACCUGAUCAGGAUGAAAGUUGACAGAAAUGUGCAGUAUUACAGCUGUUGUGAUGAACCUUAUCCAGACAUCACUUAUACCAUCAUUUUGAGAAGGAGACCCUUGUUCUAUGUUUUCAAUUUGAUUUUGCCAUGUGUGCUCAUCACUGGAGUUGCUUUGCUGAGUUUUUAUAUGCCAAGUGAUUCUGGAGAGAAAGUCACUCUUGGGAUUACUACCCUACUUUCCAUGACUGUAUUCCUGAUGGUAAUUGGUGAAUCAAUGCCUCCUACUUCAGAAAAGCUUCCUCUGAUUGGUAAGAUGUCAUUUAUAUUACCUUUUUUGACAUUGGAGACAUUUUUACUUCACAUGACAUCAAUAGGAAUGAGGGGAAGAGAAGUUCCAGCAGUGGUGAAGAGAAUAGUGUUUGGUUUCCUUGCCAAAAUGAUGUGGAUCCAUUUGGAUCCCCCAGACCAUGUCAGGUACCACCCUGGGAACCCAAAGACUCCUUUCUCAGCUGAAAUGCAGUUGGCAACACUGUCUUGCCAAGAUGAUGUCAUCAGGAGAUCUGAAAAUGGUGGCACUUCUCCUCUCAGGCUUCCAAGAAGACAUGUGACUUCUACACUGUCAACAUCAGCCAGCAAUCUGUCCUCUCCAGAUGCUGUUGACUGUUUUGAAAGGCAGUUUCUCAGAGUGUUGAACAAGGUGUAUUCAACAAUAGAGAAGAAUGAGGUCAGACUGCAUGAGCAGGACAGAAGAGACACCAUCAAGUUGGAAUGGCAACAAGUGGCCCUGGUCAUUGACAGGUUGCUUUUGUGGGUCUUCAUAGUGUCCACCAUUGGAGCCACCUUUGGGAUCCUCUACAUGUCACCACACACCAAGUUGUUCACACUGUGA